AUGAAUAAAAGCAGUAUAUCAAUACUAUCACUCAAACCUUUGUCAUCAAACUUAUUGGGGAGCCGUGGGGCUAAAUUCUCUACCUCAUCGAUAGCUUUGGCCAAGAAGGCCCAGGUCAGCAGAGACCAACUCAAAAAGAACGCUGCCAAAGCGUUAGCCAAAAAAAGAGUCGAAGCUAAACUCCCAGUCGCCAAUGAUCCAUUAUAUUCUGAUAUUUCUACCGCAUUACGUUACCUCAGGUCUGCAGAAGUAGGAAGAUCCGAGACUGCGUCGACCAUCACCGUCAGCUCGAACAUCGUGGGGGAUAAAGGUGCUCCACCACUCACUGGGGCCAUCAGUUUCCCUAAACCUUUGAAAGAAGUUAGAGUGUUGGUGUUCACUGAAGAUGCUGUCCAAGCAAAAGUUGCCCAAGAUUUGGGGGCUGCGUUAGUGGGGGGUCAAGAAUUGGUCGAACAGAUCAAAGAGGGCAAACUUGGGUUAAAUUUCAACAAGGCCUUUGCCACCCCAGAUAUGCAAGGUCAAUUAGCCCCUCUCGCGAGAACUUUGGGUCCAAAAGGUUUAAUGCCAAAUGCCAAAAAGGGAACCAUGGCAACCGAUUUGGAAUCAGUAUUGAAAGGUGCGGUAGGAACCAUGCCAUUCAAACAGAAGUCAGGCUUGUUGAGCAUUGCUGUGGGGAGAACCAGCUUCAGUGAUGUAGAAAUCAUCAAGAACAUCAUGGCUGCCUCAGAAGCCGUCAAGACCGCCACUACCACUAUCAAGUCAAAGAGACCACCAAUCAUUGGUCAUACUACCAUCACUUCCACCAAUGGUCCAGCGUUCAAGAUUGACUUUUAA